CUUCCGGUCCUGUACCCCCAGCCUGACGAGAGGCUGGGCAGAGACUCGCGAUCCCCAGACCCUGCCUGUGCACCGGCGGCUGGCGCCAGGCCAAUGACUGUCCGGGAGAGCGCGACUCUCCCGGCCGCCUGGGUGGGGGCCGGAACUUCCUGCGCUGCAGCCUCGCUGGUCAUUUCCCGGCGGGGAGGCUGAGUCCCCAGGAGCUGGGGACCCCGGGCUGGGGGCUGGGCGGGUGCGGCUGCGCCCUUGAAGCUGCUGCGCCGGCUUUCCCGGACCGUGCCGGGGACAGUGAGGCCGGGGACCCCCUCCGCGCCUUUGCACCAGCCGUGACCCUUUGCAAGGGGGGUGCCCGGCGGAGCUGCGCGCUCUCAGGGCCCCAGAGCCUGCGCCCCGGGCGCCGCGCGCAUUUUGCACGGGGGAGACUGAGGCUAGGAGUGCGACCCUCAACCCGGGGUCACGCCUCGUCUGGGGCACGGCCAGGUGGGUGGUAGCCUGAGUCUGCGAGACCCCCUUCUCCCGCCCCGUGGUCGCCCGCAUCGUGGGGCCCUGCUUUGACCACAGACUCCGAUGGCGGAGGCGGCCCUGCGGGAUCCCGCGCAGGGCUGCGUGACCUUUGAGGACGUGACCAUUUACUUCUCCCAGGAGGAGUGGGGGCUCCUCGAUGAGGCUCAGAGACUCCUGUAUUGCGAUGUGAUGCUGGAAAACUUUGCACUUAUAGCCUCGCUGGGACUUAUAUCUUUCAGAUCCCACAUCGUUUCCCAGCUGGAGAUGGGGAAAGAGCCCUGGGUGCCUGACAGUGUGGAUAUGACGUCAGCCAUGGCCAGAGGGGCUUAUGGCAGGCCUGGUUCUGAUUUUUGCCGUGGAACAGAGGGCAAGGACUUACCUUCUGAGCAUGUUUCUGUAGAAGGAGUGGCACAGGACAGGAGUCCCCAGGCAACUCUAUGCCCCCAGAAGACCUGCCCCUGUGACAUAUGUGGCCUACGUUUGAAAGAUAUUUUGCAUUUGGCUGAACACCAGACAACACAUCCCAGGCAGAAACCGUUUCUGUGUGAGGCAUAUGUGAAAGGCUGUGAGUUCAGUGCAAACCUUCCCCAGAAGCAGGUGCAGCAGAACGUACACAACCCUAUCAGAAGGGAGGAGGGCCAGGCUUUGCCUGUAAAGACCUGGGGAGACCACACAUCAGAUCAGCUUUCCACCUGCAGGGAGGGCGGGGAGGACUUUGUGGCCACAGCAGGGUUUCUGCAGCGUGAGGUCACUCCCAGCGAUGGGGAGCCGCACAAGGCCACCGAAAGUGUGGUGGAUUUUCACAUUGCACUAAGGCAUAACAAGUGCUGUGACUCUGGGGAUGCCUUCAAUGACAAAUCCACUCUUGUUCAGCACCAGAGAAUCCACAGCAGAGAAAGGCCUUAUGAAUGCAGCAAAUGUGGAAUCUUCUUCACUUAUGCCGCUGACCUCACUCAACACCAGAAAGUUCACAAUAGAGGAAAACCGUAUGAGUGCUGCGAAUGUGGGAAAUUUUUCAGCCAGCACUCCAGCCUUGUUAAACAUCGCAGGGUUCACACUGGUGAAAGCCCUCAUGUGUGCGGUGACUGUGGGAAAUUCUUCAGCCGAAGUUCCAACCUCAUUCAGCAUAAGAGGGUUCACACUGGUGAAAAGCCAUAUGAGUGCAGUGACUGUGGGAAGUUCUUCAGCCAGCGUUCCAACCUCAUUCAUCAUAAGAGGGUUCAUACGGGCAGAAGUGCCCAUGAGUGCAGUGAAUGUGGGAAAUCCUUCAACUGCAACUCCAGCCUAAUUAAACAUUGGAGAGUUCACACUGGAGAAAGACCUUACAAGUGCAAUGAAUGUGGGAAAUUCUUCAGCCACAUCGCCAGCCUCAUUCAACAUCAGAUAGUUCACACUGGCGAGCGGCCUCAUGGGUGCGGCGAGUGUGGGAAAGCCUUCAGCCGAAGCUCUGACCUCAUGAAACAUCAGCGAGUUCACACUGGUGAGCGGCCUUAUGAGUGCAAUGAAUGUGGGAAGUUGUUUAGCCAGAGCUCCAGCCUCAAUAGCCAUCGGAGACUUCACACUGGCGAACGGCCUUACCAGUGCAGUGAAUGUGGGAAAUUCUUCAACCAAAGCUCCAGCCUCCAUAACCACCGGAGACUUCACACUGGCGAGCGGCCUUAUGAGUGCAGUGAAUGUGGGAAAACCUUCAGGCAGAGGUCCAAUCUGAGGCAGCACCUGAAAGUUCACAAACCAGAUAGGCCUUAUGAAUGCAGCGAAUGUGGGAAAGCCUUCAACCAAAGGCCUACCCUCAUUCGGCAUCAGAAGAUUCAUACCAGAGAAAGGAGCAUGGAGAAUGUGCUCCUUCCCUGUUCAAUGCAACAGCACACACCAGAGAUAAGCUCUGAGAACAGACCUUAUGAGGGUGCUGUCAACUACAAGUUGAACCUUGUUCAUCCAAGCACCCACCCUGGGGAGGUUCCCUAGGAAUGCUAGCUCUGUUGGAAGCUUUCUGGGGACUAGUUACAUUCUCUUACCAUGGAUUUUAUCAGCCUUUUUUUCACUGCUGGGGUUGUGAUAGAAGCCAUGUCAGCACCACACACUGCAGCUCUCCAGAGAAUGUGUCCACCACUCCACUGUGCUCAGGGAAGGCAGACCUCUCCUCUCUCUUUCCAAUCCCUAAAGGGAAUAAGGAGUAGUCUGAAGCCAUGGGAAGAUGUCGUUCCCGCCCUGUGUGGCUGGUUUAGCUGUGGACAUGACCAGCCUGUGGCUGUGAAGUCCUGAACAGGGUUUUGCCGACAGCUUGUCCUAGAGAAGGUUUCCCUUUUUCUGGGACAUUGUUGGUCUCAUGCCUCUGAAGGAUUUGUCCAGCCUUCAUGUUACUCUGCACAACUACUUAUCUCCUGUGCAUCACCCUGGUUCAUGCGAUGAUAAUGGCCUUAUGAUAAAGCUGCCUUUAAUCGUCCAUGUUCUGAUCACUGUGUGAGGUGGUUCAAGAACAGAGUUAAGAUCUACCAAACUGAAGGAGUCUCCAGAUUAUCUUGGAGGUGACAGGAGGAUGACAGAGAACAACUGUCAAUCCAGACUUGGCCUCAUUGGCAUUGCCACCAAGGCCUCCUAGGAAAAAGUGUAGGAAUUUAUGGGUGUAAUAUUGUAGUCUGAAUGGCAGGAAUCUGCCCCCAGGAGGGGGCAGUUGUGACAAACUCUAGUGCAUGUGGGAACAGCAUGAAUUGGGUCCCUUAUUCCCAGGGGGUGCCCCAUAUUCCCCAACACUGUAAAGCAAAUGCUGUUUAGCACCUGCCAAGGAGCCUUAUGCCCUAAGUUCAGCCUUAGGCAGGUAUCUCUUUAACUGUAAGACAUACCAGGCCCAGCUGGGACCAUAAUUUGUACAGAAACACUGGAUGUGAUUAAUAGGGAAUAGGCGAGAUUAUAGCAAACCAGCAGAAAUAGACGUGUUCUAAAGGUGCAUCCAUGAAUGCUCCCUUGAAUGUGGCUGUGCAGGAUUCAGGGUUUGCAGAAAUUCUCAGGACCUCUAGACCUCUGUCCUAUGACUAAUGUUACUGGCAGAGCAAAUAAUCCAAAGGUUUUGGUUUUGUGGGUUACGAUCUCUGGGCUGUGCAUCUCAAGGCCAGUGCUGUGCUAGCUGGAAAAUAGGGACUGAGAAAAAAGCAGAUCCUAUACUACAGGGAUUGUAGCAUCUAUGACAUAGCCAGCCAUUCUUUGCUCCCAAGGCAAGAAGAAAGAGAUGGCAGAAUCAAUACAGGGUUGCCAAAUUGGAUUUUCUAAAAUGAGUAGGAGGUUGGAUUUUUAUGUGCAACAGUUUGUUUUAAUGCUUUGUUGAUAUGUAAUUGUCAUGCAAUAAUUAUACAUAUUUGUUAAGUUUUGUACAUUUGUUAUGUUCACUCAGGGAACCAAUACCAUCAUCAUGAUAAUGAACGUAUCCAUCACCUACAGAGCUACCUCAUGCCCCUUUACAGUCCCUCCUUGCCUUCCCCAGGAAACCAUUGAUUUACAUUUUUUACUUUAGAUUUGUUUGCCUUUUCUAGAAUUAACACAAUGGAAUCAUAAAGUAUUUAUACUCUUUUUUUUGGUCUGGUUUCUUUCAUGCAGCAUAAUUAUCUUGAGAAUCAUCCAUGCUGUGUGUAUAUAUCGUUCAUUCCUUUUACUACUGAGUAGUGCUAUUCUGGGUGAGUGCACCAUAGUUUUUUAUGGUUUAUUUUAAAAUGUUAAAAAAAUCUGAUGAAAUACACUUAAUAUGAAAUUUA